CGACGCGCCGUCACGGCCCGGCAACGUGGUGCUGCGGUGGCUGAAGGAGUCGGGCCCAGACGGCCUGUUCCGGCCGACGGACGAGGCCUGGGAGGAGAAGGCGCGCGCGCUCGUCGACGUGCGAACGCAGUGGGUCGCCGGCGAGGGCGGGCGGCGCGGCGGGUGGCGGCUGCUGACGCUGCGCAGCCGCAUCCUCGACACGCGGCUCGUGGGGUAG